GGGCGCUUUCCGUGGGGGCGUAGUCGGUAGCGGCCCGGACGCUGGGGCUUUGGCGGGAGCGCAGGUGGCGUUGGUCCGGUGGUGAGCGUGGGGUCAUGGAGCACCUCUUGCUGGAGGUGGUGGCCGCCCCGCUGCGAUUAAUCGCGGCCAAGAACGAGAAGAGCCGCAGCGAGCUGGGCAGGUUCUUGGCCAAGCAGCGUAAUAGCUGCGUGUGGCAGAUGUGGCUUUCGUUUGCCCUGAGGUAUUUCAAAGACACGUCUCCAGUUUUUCAAAGACUCUUCCUGGAGAGUUCAGAUGCUAACCCAGUCCGCUAUGGGCGUAGGCGGAUGAAGCUCCGGGACCUGAUGGAAGCAGCCUACAAGUUUUUGCAGCAGGAACAGAUUGUGUUCCGAGAGCUCUGGGACUGGAGCGUUUGUGUUCCUCUUCUCAGAAGCCAUGACACCUUGGUCCGCUGGUAUACAGCCAAUUGUCUUGCAUUGGUCACUUGUAUGAAUGAAGAGCACAAAUUAUCAUUCCUUAAGAAGAUUUUUAAUAGUGAUGAAUUGAUCCAUUUCAGGUUGAGGUUACUAGAAGAGGCCCAGUUGCAAGAUUUGGAGAAGGCCUUGGUUUUGGCCAGUCCAGAAGCCUCUCUGUGGAGUAUGGAGAAGGAACAGCAGUACUUACAGGGACACCUUGUUUCAGCUGACCUCUCCUCCAGAGUGACAGCUGUCUGUGGUGUGGUGCUGCCUAGGCAGCCUCCAGCCCCCGGGGAGCAGGCUGGCAACAGGAGCUCUUCACGUGAACACGAUCUAGCCCUUAAGUCUUAUGUGCUGGUGGAGUCUGUCUGCAGGAAUCUUCAGACCAUGGCUAUGGCAGUGGCUUCUCAGAAUGCUGUGUUAUUGGAAGGACCAAUUGGGUGUGGCAAAACUUCCUUAGUUGAAUAUUUAGCUGCAGUGACAGGGAGAAGGAAGCCUCCUCAGCUUCUCAAAGUCCAGCUUGGAGAUCAAACUGACAGUAAGAUGUUGCUAGGGAUGUACCGCUGCACAGAUGUCCCUGGAGAGUUUGUGUGGCAGCCUGGCUCCCUGACACAGGCAGCCACCAUGGGCCAUUGGAUCCUUCUGGAGGAUAUUGACUAUGCCCCUCUAGACGUGGUCUCCGUGCUGAUCCCUCUUUUGGAGAAUGGAGAGCUCUUGAUUCCUGGCCAAGGUGAUCGUCUCAAAGUGGCUCCUGGAUUUCAGUUUUUUGCAACCAGGAGACUCUUGAGCUCUGGAGGAAAUUGGUAUCGACCACUAAAUAGUCAUGCUACUUUGCUAGACAAAUACUGGACCAAAAUUCACCUGGAUGACCUGGAUAAAACAGAACUGAAUGAAAUUCUUCAAAGCAGAUAUCCCAGCCUCUUGACAGUAGCUGAGCACCUGGUCAACAUUUAUAUCCAGCUUACUGGAGAGAAGCAUCACUCUCAGGAUAAUAGUUGGGUUGGGUGUCAACAGGCACCUGAAGAAGUUUCAGAAGCCAGGAGAGAGAGCAAAAGGCCAGUCCUUGAGGGAAGAGAAUUGUCUCUAAGGGAUCUACUGAAUUGGUGUAAUAGGAUUGCUCACAGCUUUGACAGUUCAUCUUCAUCACCAUCAUUCAGUAUUUUUCAAGAGGCUCUGGACUGUUUCACAGCAAUGCUUUCUGAGCAUACAAGCAAACUGAGAAUGGCAGAAGUUAUUGGAAGCAAAUUGAACAUUUCUAAGAAAAAGACUGAGUUCUUCUGUCAACUUUAUAAACCAGGAAUUGUGAUCAAUGAACUAGAUGUGCAAGUGGGUCGAGUGCGGCUUUUACGGAAGCAGAGUGAGGCUGUUCACAUACAGAAGGAGAAGUUCACUUUUGCUGCUACACGGCCAUCCUCUGUUCUCAUUGAACAGCUUGCAGUGUGCGUCAGCAAAGGGGAGCCCGUGUUGCUUGUGGGGGAGACAGGGACUGGCAAAACCUCCACUGUUCAGUACUUGGCUCACAUCACAGGCCACCGUUUGAAGGUUGUCAAUAUGAAUCAACAAAGUGACAGUGCAGACUUGCUUGGAGGUUAUAAACCAGUGGACCAUAAGGUUAUUUGGCUACCCUUACGGGAGGCGUUUGAGGAACUCUUUGCCCAGACAUUUUCUAAGAAACAAAACUUUACAUUCUUGGGACACAUUCAGACCUGUUACAGGCAGAAACGUUGGCGUGAUCUCCUAAAACUAAUGCAGCACGUGCAUAAGUCUGCUGUUAGCAAGGAUGGGAACGAGAGCGAGACAGGGUUGCUCCUAAAGGAGAAAUGGGAAGCAUUUGGUCUCAGACUCAACCAUGCCCAGCAGCAGAUGAAAAUGACAGAGAAUGCCCUUCUGUUUGCAUUUGUAGAGGGUACAUUAGCUCAGGCUGUAAAGAAAGGAGAGUGGGUCUUGUUGGAUGAGAUUAAUCUGGCUGCUCCAGAAAUAUUAGAAUGUCUGAGUGGUUUACUUGAAGGAGCCUCUGGAUCCCUGGUGUUGCUGGAUCGAGGAGACACAGAGCCACUUGUUCGUCAUCCUGACUUCCGUUUAUUUGCCUGCAUGAAUCCAGCAACUGAUGUAGGCAAAAGAAAUCUCCCACCAGGAAUAAGAAACAGAUUCACAGAACUUUAUGUAGAAGAAUUGGAAACUAAAGAAGACUUACAAAUUCUUGUUGUGGAUUAUCUAAGAGGAUUGAGUGUGAAUAAGAGCACAGUGCAAGGAAUCAUAAACUUUUACACAGCUUUGAGGAAAGAGUCUGGGACUAAAUUGGUGGAUGGGACUGGCCACAGACCUCACUACAGCCUUAGGACUCUCUGCAGGGCCCUGAGGUUUGCAGCUUCCAACCCGUGUGGCAGCAUCCAGCGCUCACUCUACGAGGGCUUUUGUUUGGGUUUCUUAACACAGCUUGACAGAGCAUCGCACCCAAUAGUGCAGAAACUCAUUUGUCAGUACAUCGUCUCUGGCAGUGUCAAAAGUUUGCUGAAGCAACCUAUUCCAGAGCCAAAAGGCGGGCGGCUCAUCCAGGUUGAAGGCUAUUGGAUUUCAGUGGGCGACAAAGAGCCCACAAUAGAUGAGUCGUACAUUCUGACGUCUUCUGUGAAGCUGAACCUGAGAGAUAUAGUCCGAGUGGUCUCUGCAGGAACCUAUCCAGUGCUGAUUCAGGGAGAGACAUCAGUUGGUAAAACAAGCCUGAUCCGGUGGCUGGCAGCAGCUACAGGCAACCACUGCGUACGCAUCAACAACCACGAGCACACAGAUGCUCAGGAGUACACUGGCUGCUACACAUCCAACUCCUCAGGGAGGCUCGUGUUUAAGGAAGGGGUUCUCAUUGAUGCCAUGAGAAAAGGCUAUUGGAUUAUUUUAGAUGAGUUAAACUUGGCCCCCACCGAUGUGUUAGAGGCUCUGAACAGGCUGUUGGAUGAUAACCGUGAAUUGCUCAUAACAGAAACACAAGAAGUUGUGAAAGCACACCCCCGGUUCAUGCUUUUCGCUACCCAAAACCCCCCCGGACUUUAUGGUGGCAGAAAGGUGCUUUCUAGGGCCUUCAGGAACCGGUUUGUGGAGUUGCACUUUGAUGAGCUGCCUAGUUCCGAGUUGGAGACAAUCCUGCACAAGCGGUGCAGCCUGCCGCCCUCCUACUGCAGCAAGCUCGUCAGAGUCAUGGUGGACCUGCAGUCCUAUCGUAGAAGUUCUUCAGUGUUUGCUGGAAAGCAGGGCUUUAUCACUCUCCGUGACCUAUUCCGAUGGGCUGAAAGGUACAGACUGGCUGAGCAGACAGAGAAGGACCAGGACUGGCUCCAGCACCUAGCCAAUGACGGUUUUAUGCUUCUAGCAGGUCGAGUCAGGAAGCAGGAGGAGGUGGAUGUGAUUCAAGAAGUCCUUGAGAGACAUUUCAAGAAAAAAUUGUGUCCUCAGUCUCUUUUCUCUAAAGAAAAUGUCCUAAAAUUGCUGGGUAAGUUGUCCACUGAUCUGUCCAUGCUGCAGUCCAAGUUCAGCCACAUUGUGUGGACAGAGGGCAUGCGGAGACUGACCAUGCUGGUGGGAAGGGCGUUAGAAUUUGGUGAACCAGUACUACUGGUUGGAGACACUGGAUGUGGCAAAACUACCAUCUGUCAGUUGUUUGCAGCCUUAGCAAAUCAGAAUUUAUACUCAGUCAACUGUCACUUACACAUGGAGACAUCAGACUUCUUGGGUGGUCUGCGGCCGGCGAGACACAAGUCACAGGACCAGGAAGAAAUGGACACAUCAAGACUGUUUGAAUGGCACGAUGGGCCUCUGGUUCUGGCCAUGAAGGAGGAUGGCUUUUUCCUCUUGGAUGAGAUCUCACUGGCUGAUGACUCUGUCCUCGAAAGACUCAACAGUGUCCUUGAAGUGGAAAAGUCUCUGGUGUUAGCUGAAAAGGGCAGUCCAGAGGACAAGGAUGAUGAGGUUGAGCUGUUGACUGCUGGGAAAAAAUUUCGUAUCUUAGCAACCAUGAACCCUGGAGGCGAUUUUGGAAAAAAAGAGCUGUCUCCUGCUUUACGAAACCGGUUUACAGAAAUAUGGUGCCCUCAAAGCACAAGCCGUGAAGACUUAAUUCAGAUAAUCACUCAUAAUCUUCGUCCAGGAUUGUCUCUGAGCAGAAUAGAUCACAAAGGGGCUGACAUCGCUGAGAUGAUGCUGGAUUUCAUCGACUGGCUCGUUCAGCAGGAGUUUGGCCGGCGGUGUGUGGUCAGCAUCAGAGAUAUCCUGUCUUGGGUUACCUUCAUGAACACAAUGGGGGAGGAAGCUGCUUUGAAAAGGCCGGAGAUCAUCUCCACCGUGACAUCUUUUGUUCAUGCUGCAUGUCUGGUGUAUGUUGAUGGAAUAGGUUCAGGGGUAACUUCCUCUGGAUUCGGCACAGCCCUAUUGGCUCGAAAAGAAUGUCUGAAAUUCCUCAUCAAGAAACUUGCCAAAAUUGUUCAACUCACAGAGUGUCAGAAAAAAGAAUUGAAAAUUUAUGACAGAAACAAGGCCAAAGACUUCACUGGAAUAGAUAAUCUUUGGGGAAUUCACCCAUUUUUUAUACCGAGAGGGCCUGUCCUGCACAGGAGUAAUAUUGCUGACUAUGCACUCAGUGCUGGGACCACAGCUAUGAAUGCCCAGAGGCUCCUAAGAGCUACAAAACUGAACAAACCCAUUCUCCUGGAAGGCUCCCCUGGUGUUGGCAAAACAAGUUUGGUGGGAGCAUUAGCAAAGGCUUCAGGAAAUACCCUGGUUCGAAUCAACUUGUCAGAGCAGACGGACAUCACAGACUUGUUUGGAGCAGACCUACCAGUUGAAGGUGGCAAGGGAGGAGAGUUUGCCUGGCGUGACGGCCCUCUUUUGGCAGCUUUGAAGGCAGGCCAUUGGGUCUUGUUGGACGAGCUUAACUUGGCUUCUCAGUCUGUGUUGGAAGGACUCAAUGCUUGCUUCGACCACCGAGGAGAAAUCUAUGUGCCUGAGCUGGGAAUGGGCUUUCAAGUGCAGCAUGAAAAGACGAAGAUUUUUGGUUGUCAAAACCCUUUUAGACAAGGAGGUGGGAGGAAGGGCUUGCCAAAGUCUUUCCUUAACAGAUUCACUCAGGUCUUUGUGGAUCCCCUUUCAGUAACUGACAUGGAGUUUAUCGCCAGUACUUUGUUCCCAGCCAUUGACAAAACUAUUGUUAAGAAAAUGGUUGCUUUCAAUAACCAAAUUGAUCAUGAAGUGACUGUUGAGAAGAAGUGGGGGCAAAAAGGAGGACCCUGGGAAUUCAAUCUCCGGGACCUUUUCCGCUGGUGUCAGUUAAUGCUGGUUGACCAGUCUCCUGGGUGUUAUGACCCUGGUCAGCAUGUGUUUUUAGUCUAUGGUGAACGAAUGAGAACCAGGGAAGACAGACAAAAGGUCAUUGCUGUAUUCAAGCACGUGUUUGGUUCAAAUUCUAACCCAUACAUAGGAACCAGACUAUUUCAUAUCACUCCCUACGAUGUUCAGCUGGGCUACUCAGUCCUUUCCCGUGGCAGCUACGUUCCUCACCCACCUCGCCGACCCCUGCUGCUCCUGCACCAGUCUUUCCAGUCUUUGGAGCCGAUCAUGAAGUGUGUGCAGAUGAGCUGGAUGGUCAUCCUGGUGGGGCCAGCCUCUGUGGGCAAGACCAGCCUGGUCCAGCUUCUGGCACACCUAACUGGUCACACACUAAAGAUCAUGGCGAUGAACAGUGCAAUGGAUACCACUGAGCUUCUGGGUGGAUUUGAGCAGGUUGACCUUGUACGACCUUGGAGGCAGCUGCUAGAGAAGGUGGAGGGUGUGGUGAGGACCCUUGUAAGGGACAGCCUGCUUGUUAAUGCUGAUGAUGCAGAGGUGGUGCUGCGGGCCUGGAGCCACUUCCUAUUGACAUGCAAGCCCAAGUGUCUGGGAGAAGGGGGUAAAGGUGUCACCAUGGAGAUCGUCAGUAAGAUGGAAGCACUUUUAUUGCUUAUGCAGCGACUCAACAACAAAAUCAGCUCCUACUCUAAGGCAGAGUUUGCCAAACUUGUGGAAGAGUUCCGAAGCUUUGGAGUCAAACUUACACAGUCAGCCAGUGGCCAUAACCAUGGCACGUUUGAGUGGGUUGACAGUAUGCUGGUUCAGGCCCUGAAGUCUGGAGAGUGGCUUCUGAUGGACAAUGUUAACUUCUGCAACCCAUGCGUGCUGGAUCGCCUGAAUGCUUUGCUGGAACCUGGUGGUGUCCUCACUGUCACUGAGAGAGGAAUGAUAGAUGGAUCCACUCCCACAAUCAUACCAAGUCCCAAGUUCAGACUUUUUCUCUCAAUGGAUCCUGUUCAUGGAGAAAUAUCCCGAGCUAUGAGGAAUCGUGGACUUGAAAUCUACAUUUCAGGCGAAGGCGAUGAGAGCACCCUAGACAACCUGGACUUGAAAGUUCUGCUGCACAGCCUUGGUUUGAUGGGGGACAGUGUGUGCGACAUCCUCUUGGCUCUCCAUACAGAGAUCCGGAAUACUGUUGCGGGUUCUCCAGCAUCUUCAGUGUCAGCUCUAAUCCAGACAGCCACACUCACUGUCCAGCACCUGCAUCGGGGACUGAGUUUAAACAGAGCCCUUUCCUCAGCGUGCUGGGAAGUGUAUGCCUGUUCCCAGCAUUCGCUGGCAAACCAGAAGCUUGUGAGGGCUUUACUGGAGAAACACAUCUCUACUCUGCGAGUGCAUGAGACCUGGGGGAGCUCCCUUCUCGCCAUGGGACUGUGGCCGGAUUCUGUUCCUUCGGCUCUCUUUGCUACUGAAGAUUCCCAUCUCUCCGUAGUCCGGACUGAUGGACAGAUCUUAGCAUAUUGCCUCAACAGGAUGAGCCUGAGAACUGCCAGCUGGGCAAGGAGUCAGCCCCUUACUUUGGAAGAUUUACGGAAAAUCAUGCAGUCUUCCAGCCCUGACAACCUGAAAUUCAGUGCAGUCGAACUGGAUACUUACUGGGUUGAUGAACCCGAUGUUUUGGCCAUGGCUGUUAAAUUGCUUAUAGAAAGAGCAACUAACCAAGAUUGGAUGCUCAGAGUUAAAUGGCUUUACCAUUUAGCCAAGAACAUACCGAAGGGGCUUGAGGCGAUACAGAUUCAUCUGGAAGCCAGUGCUGCGUCUCUUAAGAAGUUUUACUCAAGUUCCCUCUCAGCUGGGGUCAGUAACGUUAUCAAACUAGUACAACCAAAUACUACAGAUGAGUUCGUGAUCCCUUUGGAUCCCCGAUGGAACAUGCAGGCCCUGGACAUCAUUAGAAAUGCAAUGGACUUUGACCCACAAACGGACGAGCCUGAGCAGCUCUUUUCCCUUGUAGAAUCAGUCGCCAAUAAGGCAAUUAUAUAUCUUAACCGGGAAAAAAGGAUUUUUACUGAAGCAAAUUUGGUGUGUGUUGGUGGCAAAAAGCUAAGAAAUAGUGUUUUGAGAAUGUCCUUUGAAUUCCAUAAAGAUCCGGAGAGUUAUCACAGCCUACCUCAUGAGAUUGUGGUCAACCUUGCAGCAUUUUUUGAACUUUGUGAUGCACUAAUCCUGCUCUGGGUGCAGUCUUCCCAGGGGACAGUGUCUGAUGCCAGUAUGAAUGAGAUCUUAAGUUCUGUGAGGUGGCGAGACCGGUUUUGGACUGUGGCCGACACAGUCAAAGUGGACACCCCAGGUCUGGCCCUGCUGGCCCUCCACUGGCACUGGGUUUUAAAACAUUUGAUCCAGCAGAUGCCCCAACUCCUGAUGAAUCAUGAAGACAAGUAUUACAAAGAGGUGCAGACUGUCUCAGAACACAUUCAACAUUGUCUAGAGAGCCCGACUGGUGGCUUCCCUGGUAUAAAGAAGUUGCAGAAGUUCCUGGGACGACCAUUUCCUUUCAAGAACCAGCUGGUGGUGGAUUGCUUCUCACAGUUGAAGGUUCUGAGCAGAGUGCUUGCCAUCAGGGAGUGGACGCCUGCCCUUGGGGAGAGUGGAUGGCAAGAAGAUGUUUGUCGUCUCCAAGUGGUUGCUUCUGAGUGGACAUUAAAGAAACGUCUCCUACAGGCCUGGGGAUUAAUCCACAGAGCUAAUAUUCUGGAAGAUGUCAAUCUAGAUGAAUUACAGAAUCUUGUGUGUGCUCAGUGUUCGGAACUAAAAGCCAGAGGGCUUUCACUUGGUGUUCUGGAGCAAAAGCCUGGUGAAACUUCCUUCCCAUGCCAGCCAGAUUCUACCUCCUUAAUCCAGCUCACCAGGAGUGUUCAGCUGUGGCCCAUCACGGAGUACCUGGCUAUGCUAUGGCAGUACAAAAUAACAGCCGAUUUCAUGGCGCAGGCUUGUCUGAGGAGGGUCAGCAAAAAUCAGCACCCCCGUAUGGAGGAGGAGAUAAGUCAUCACAUCACGUUUUGUCUUAAGCACACACCAGUUGCUCCCCAAGAGCUUCGAGACCUUUGGUCCUUGCUGCAUCGCCAGAAGGCAUCUUCUGAAGAGAUUGUUUCUCUGUGGUCUGAGUUACUUACUUCCACGUUCAUGUCUUUCUGGAGCAGUACUGUGACCACAGAUGCAGAGUACUGGCUAACGUGGCCUCCUCUGCCUGGUCUCCGGCAGAGGGAGAUGCCAAACUCCCUUUGGGAUUCUGCGAUGAAGGGCCCUGGCAGCCUCAGUAGACCCAUAUUCUCAAAGUGCUGCUUUGAAGUCAUGACCAACAGGUGCAGAUCAAGUUCCUGGGAUGUGGGCGGCCUCCCCAUCUUGUCCUCCUCGCACGUCACUCUGGGAGAGUGGGUUGAGAGAGCCCAGCAGUUUCAGGACAUCAACUCAGUGCUUUGGACCAACAUGGCUGUCCCUUCAGUGGCAGAGUUCAGGCGCACAGACUCCCGGCUGCAGGGCCUGGUGCUGUGCUGGCACCUGGUGGCCCUCACAGAGCUGCUUCCAGAGCCCCAGCGGCAGGAUUAUGUGCAGAGCUGUGAGCAGCUGCUGCUUGGUGAUAGCCAGGCCUUCCAGGCUGUGGGCCAGGCUCUCGGGGACAUGGCCAGUCAGGAGGUGCUGCCCAAGGAAAUGCUGUGCCUUUUGCUCACCUCCCUCCACCACUUUUGUGGGGAAGCAGAGAAUAAGAGGAACCUGCCAGAGUCGGCCCAGCGAGGGAGCCUCUGGGUGAGCCUCGGCUUGCUCCAGAUUCAGACCUGGCUUCCUCAGGCCCGCUUUGACCCUGCUGUGAAGAAGCAAUACAAGCUUAUAUACGCCAAGGAAGAGUUACACCAGCUGCAGUGUGAGUGGAAGACCCAGGCCCUGUACUCCCAGCUGCAGACUGGAAGAGACCUGGGAGACGAGGAGGUCAUCAGUUAUUCUCAUCCUCACGUCAGGUCCCUUCACCAAAGGAUGAGUCAGCUGGAGAAUGUAAUCUGCAGCCUGCUGAAGAAGCAGGCCUUGCGGCCGCAGCUGCCCACCCACGAGUCCCUGGUGCAGGAGAUCCAUCACUACGUCUCCAGCAUUGCGAAGGCCGCUGCUGUGCAGGACCUCCUCUCACGGCUCUUACAGGCCCUGCGUGUGGAUGGGCUGCCCUCUGCCCAAGUAGCCCAGAGCCUUCUGAAGGAGGAGGCCUCUUGGCAGCAGUCGCACCACCAGUUCCGGAAGCGAUUGGCAGAGGAUUACGCCCUGUACCCGGACCUGGUGGCCCCACUGCAGGCGUCUGUCUUACAGUUGCAGCAUGGCAUGAGGCUGGUGGCGUCCGAGGUCCACUCCCUGCUGCACAGCAGCACAGUCUGUGCUGACAGGCUGGAGGCCCUGGCCACAGCCCUGCUGGCUUUCCCCUCAGUGGGCCCUGCCUUUUCCACCUACUACGCUCAUGCAGACACUCUGUGCUCAGUGAAGUCAGAGGAGGUUUUUCGAGGCCUGGGGAAGCUGAUCCUCAAGCGGUCCGGAGGAAAGGAGUUGGAUGACAAGGGCCAGAGGCCCUGCCUCAGCCGGGAGCAGCUGCUGCUAAACGCCCUCCUUCACCUACGCUCUCACGUGCUGUGCAAGGGGGAGCUGGACCAGAGGGCCCUGCAGCUCUUCAGACACGUGUGCCAGGAAAUCAUCAAUGAGUGGGACGAGCAGGAGCGCAUCGCCCAAGAGAAGGCCCAGCAGGAAAGCAGCCUGUACAGAUACAGGGGCAGGGGCUCCCGUACGGCCCUGAGUGAGGAGGAGGAGGAGGAGCGGGAGUUCAGAAAGCAGUUCCCACUGCACGAGCAGGACUUUGCAGAUAUUUUGGUACAACCCACCCUGGAAGAGAACAGAGGAAGUGCAGAUGGACAAGAAGGGGAAGCCGCAGCAGAGGUGGUGCUCUCCCAGAGCUGCAUGCAGGCGGUGAUGCUGAUCCACCAGCAGCUGUGCCUCGGCUGUGCCCGCUCCCUCUGGUACCAGCAGGCACUGCCACCUCAUGAAAUGAAGCAUUACCUCAGCCUCUUCCUGUCUUGCUAUCAGACCGGGGCGUCUCUCGUGACACACUUCUACCCCUUGAUGGGAGUUGAGCUGAAUGAUCGACUCUUGGGCAGCCAGCUAUUGGCCUGCACCCUGUCCUAUAACACUCUCUUUGGGGAGGCUAUCUCAGACCUCAUGGUGAAGCCUGAUGGGCCUUAUGACUUCUACCAGCACCCCAACGUUGCGGAAGCACGGCAAUGCCAGCCUGUGCUCCAGGGCUUCUCAGAAACUGUCAGGCGGUUGCUACAGGACUGGCCAGAACACCCAGCUCUCACGCAGCUUCUGGUUGUAAUGGACAGAAUUCGUAGUUUCCCACUUUCCAGUCCCAUCUCCAAGUUCCUGAAUGGCUUAGAGAUACUUCUGGCAAAGGCACAGGAUUGGGAGGAGAAUGCAAGUCGAACUUUAUCACUGCGGAAACAUCUUGAUUUGGUCAGUCAGACGAUCAUUCGGUGGCGAAAACUGGAGCUAAACUGCUGGUCCAUGAGUUUGGAUAAUACCAUGAAGCGCCACACUGAGAAAUCCACCAAGCACUGGUUCUCCAUUUAUCAGAUGCUGGAGAAGCACAUGCAGGAGCAAACAGAGGAGCAGGAAGAUGACAAACAGAUGACCUUGAUGUUGCUGGUCAGCACGCUACAAGCAUUUAUUGAAGGAUCCUCACUGGGAGAGUUCCAUGUGCGACUCCAGAUGUUACUGGUUUUCCAUUGUCACGUUUUGCUGAUGCCACAAGUUGAAGGAAAGGAUUCACUUUGCAGUGUUCUAUGGAAUUUGUACCAUUAUUACAAGCAAUUCUUUGACCGAGUCCAGGCCAAAAUUGUGGAACUUCGUUCCCCCAUAGAAAAAGAACUUAAAGAAUUUGUAAAGAUAUCCAAGUGGAAUGAUGUCAGCUUCUGGUCCAUUAAACAAUCUGUGGAAAAGACACACAGGACCCUCUUUAAGUUCAUGAAGAAAUUUGAAACUGUCCUCAAUGAACCCUGUCAGUCAUCCCUGAUGGAGAGUGACAAGGAGGAACAGCCUGACUUUCUGCCCAGGCCCACAGAGGCAUCUUCCAUUCAGAGUCUGAACAGGGCACUGAGGGAGACUCUGUUAGCCCGGCCAGCUGCUGGACAGGCCAUGAUUCCAGAACAGUAUCAGGGUGCUGUUCCUUUCUCCUUGGAAGGGGAGCUUCUGCGUCGCUUGCCAAAGCUCCUGAGACGCAUGAGGAGGUUGUGCGUGACGUUCAUGAAGGAGAGUCCCCUGCCUCGCCUAGUGGAGGGUCUUGACCAAUUCACUGGUGAAGUGAUUUCUUCUGUGAGUGAGCUGCAGAGCUUAAAGGUGGAGUCUUCUGCAGAGAAGGAGAGGCAGCGCUCAGAAGCCAAGCACAUUCUCCUGCUGAAGCAGCGGGCCUUGGCAGACCUCUUCAAGCAGCUCGCAGAAACCGGUCUGUCAUAUCGUAAAGGUCUGGCCUGGGUUCGUUCAAAAAACCCUCAAGAGAUGCUUCAUCUUCACCCAUUAGAUCUGCGGAGCGCACUGUCCAUAGUCAGCAGCACCCAUGAGGCUAAUUCAAGGCUGCUUACAGAAAUCUCAUCUUCAUGGGACGGGUGCCAGAAGUAUUUCUAUCGCUCCCUUGCACGACAUGCCAGACUCACUGCAGCCCUAGCAGCUCCAGCCAAGGAGAUGGGCAUGGGCAGCGUUGAGCGGUGUAAGGGGUUCACGGCACAUUUGAUGAAGAUGCUCGCCCGACAGCGGUGCUCCCUGACCACCCUGACCGAGCAGUGGAUCAUCCUUAGGAACCUCCUCGGCUGUGUGCAGGAGAUUCACAACAGGCUGACAGGGCCCCAGGCCUACCCUGUGGCCAUUCCUCCUCAGGACGGCAUGCAGCAGUGGACAGAGCGGCUGCAGCAUCUGGCCAUGCAGAGCCAGGUCCUGCUCGAGCAGUUCUCCUGGCUCCUGCAGUGCUGCCCUGGCAUGGGGCCAGCUUCAGGCCACAACUGUGCCCAGGCGCAUGUUCAGCUGUCUGCUCCCCACCUGGAAGGACUGGAGCUCCCCAUAGGGCAGGCUCCCGGAGUAGUGCCCUGCCUGGCACCUUCUUGUGUGAGCUGCCUAUCUCCGGUACCUGGAAGUCAGUUGCCCUCUGGUUGCCAGAUGCGGAAGCAGGACCAGCUGUGGCAGCAGUCAGCUAGGAGGUUAACUGAAAUGCUGGAAGAUACUAAAAUGAUAAAAGCUGACAUUGACAGAAUUAGGCAGCAGUCUUGUGAGACUCUCUUUCAUUCUUGGAAAGAUUUUGAAGGUUGUUCUUCUGCACUGCGUUGCCUGUCCCAGGUGUCAGGUCAUUUGCAAGACCUAGAAUCCUUGUUCAUUCUGCCAGGGAUAGAGGUUGAGCAAAGAGAUCCACAAAUAGCAUUGGUUGAAAGCCUGCGGUAUGUAAGACAAGAAAUCAAUAAAGCCGUUAAUGACUUUACUGCCUGGAAGUCACAUCUAUUUGCUUCAAACAGCCAAGGAGGAAACCAAAUGUCGGAAGAAGGGUUUGUGGAAGAUUUUUCAGAGCAAAUGGAAACUGCUAUCCGAGCCAUCCUCUGUGCUAUCCAGAAUUUAGCAGAAAGAAACAGUAAAAAAGCAGAGAACACUGACAAAGCACGAUCACAAGAAGAGGAUGAUGCAGCAGGCUUUGAGAGACUGCAACCAGGACAUCUAACAAAACUCUUGGAGGAUGACUUCUGGGCUGAUGUGAGCACUUUGCACGUGCAGAAAAUAAUUUCUGCCAUUUCUGAGCUAUUGGAGAGGCUGAAAUCGUGUGGUGAAGACGGCACAGCAGCAAAGCACACGCCCUUUGGCCAGGCCUGCUGCCUGCUGGUGCGCCUGGCGCCCAUGCUCUCCAGCUACUCGGACCUCCUCCUCUUCUUCCUGACCGUGUCCUUGGCAACUCACCGCAGCACUGCGAAGCUGCUCUCUGUGCUGGCCCACAUCUUCACAGAGCUCGCCCAGAAGGGAUUUUGCUUGCCCAAAGAAUUUAUGGAAGAUUCAGCAGGAGAGGGAGCAGCUGAGUUCCAUGAUUAUGAGGGAGGUGGAAUUGGAGAAGGUGAAGGCAUGAGGGACGUGAGUGACCAGAUAGACAAUGAAGAACAGGUGGAAGACGCGUUUUCCAAGGGUCAAGAAAAAGACAAAGAGGAUCCGGACUCAAAACCCGACAUCGCAGGAGAAGACAAUGCCGUGGAGAUGUCAGAAGAUUUUGAUGGGAAGGUGCAUGGUGGAGAGCUUGAAGAACAAGAACAGGGUGAUGAGCGGUCAGAGAGUGAAGGUGGAGACCUGGAUAAGCAGAUGGGUGAUCUCAAUGGUGAGGAAGCUGACAAGCUAGAUGAGAGGCUUUGGGGUGAUGAGGAUGAUGAGGAUGAGGAGGAGGAAGAAGACAACAAAACUGAAGAAACAGGACCAGGAAUGGAUGAGGAAGACUCUGAACUUGUUGCUAAAGAUGACAACUUAGAUGCGAAGAAUUCAAACAAAGAUAAAAACCAGCAAGAUACGAAGGAACAAAAAGAAGCAGACUCUGAUGAUGGUGGACAAAGCCAAGACAAAAUUAAUGAACAAAUAGAUGAGAGCGAAUAUGAUGAGAAUGCUGUGGGCCCUUACCAUGGCAAUCAGGAAGAGCUACUGGAACCUGAGGCUUUGGACCUUCCAGAUGAUUUGAAUCUUGACAGUGAAGACGAGAAGGGUGGCCAGGACACAGACAGUGAAGGACCAGAAGAGGAGAAUCCUUUGGAGAUACAAGAAAAACCAGUGGAUUUGGAAGAAGAAAGUCAUGAAGCCGAGGAAAGAAAUGAAGAGAUGGACACUGACAAGAGUGAAGGUCAAGGUCCACAUGAGCCUGAGGAAGGCCCUGGUGAAGAGGACAGGAAGGAAGAGGAGGAGGAGAUGGACACAGGAGCUGACACCCAAGACACAGAGGCUGGGGAGCUUCCCGAGGAGCAUCCAGAGCAGCAGCAGGCUCCAGAGGAGGAGGACCAGGGAGCUGAGGAGGACCCCGGAAGCAGUAAUGUCCCUGUUGACCAAGGUUUCCAGCCACAGCCACAGAAAGAGGAAGGGGAGUGCUCUGACACAGAGGAGCCAGUGCUGGAGGCUGCAGAGCAGGAGGAGCAUGCCUCCUGUGGGCAAACUGGCUUGGAGAACAUGCAGAGUCUACAGGCUAUGGAAUUGGCUGGGACUGCGCCCGAGAAGGAGCCGGGGCGAGAGGAGCAUGGGACUGGAGCCGCAGAUGCAAACCAGGCGGAAGGUCACGAGUCCAACUUCCUUGCCCGGCUGGCCUCCCAGAAAGACACCAGGAAAAACACACAGAGUUUUAAGAGGAAACCUGGAGAAGCUGACAAUGAGCGCUCUAUGGGCAAUCACAAUGAGCUUGUACACAAGAGGCUCAGAACUGUGGAUGCAGACAGCCACUCUGAGCAGAGCCCAGACCAGCCCCGGGCUCAGGUGGAGGAUGCAGACGUGUUUGAGCACAUUAAACAAGGCACCGACUCAUAUGAUGCACAGACCUAUGAUGUGGCCAGCAAGGAGCAGCAGCAGUCUUCAAAAGAGGCUGACAAGGAUCAGGAAGAAGACGAGAUGGAGGACAUCCUCAUGGACACAGAGGAGCACGAGGAGCUCGCCACAGUAGACGCAGAGCCGCUGGAGCCAGAGGAGGUCAAGUCCAGCACCACAGCCACCUUCAGCUCUGAUGAGGUGGAGGCCCAAACUGUUAAAACAGAGAAAGAGGAAGCCCUCAGCACAGACAAGUCUGACAAGGAGACCCAGAAUGGGAACCCAGAGAGAAGCCGAGAUUCAACCAUCCAUACAGCCCAUCAGUUCCUGAUGGGUACCAUUUUCCAGCCCUUUUUAAAAGAUGUCAGUGAGCUAAGACGGGAGUUGGAGAGACAGCUGGAAACGUGGCAGCCACAUGAAUCUGGAGACCCAGAAGAAGAGAAGGCUGCAGCUGAGAUGUGGCAGAGUUACCUGGUCUUAACUGCACCUCUUUCACAACAGCUGUGUGAACAGCUCCGUCUCAUCUUAGAGCCCACCCAGGCAGCCAAGCUGAAAGGAGACUACCGGACAGGGAAGCGACUGAACAUGCGCAAGGUCAUCCCAUAUGUUGCCAGUCAGUUUCGAAAAGACAAGAUUUGGCUUCGAAGGACCAAGCCCAGCAAGCGGCAGUAUCAGAUUUGUUUGGCUAUCGAUGACUCUUCCAGUAUGGUGGACAACCACACCAAGCAGCUUGCAUUUGAAUCUUUGGCUGUGAUUGGAAAUGCUCUCACCCUCCUGGAAGUAGGUCAGAUUGCAGUGUGCAGUUUUGGAGAGUCUGUAAAGCUGUUACACCCAUUCCACGAGCAAUUCAGUGAUUCCUCGGGGUCCCAGAUUCUACGGUUCUGUAAAUUCCAACAAAAGAAAACCAAGAUUGCUCAGUUUCUAGAGUCUGUUGCCAGCAUGUUUGUGGCUGCUCGGCAGCUGUCACAGAGCCUCAGUCCAGAAAUGGCACAACUGCUCCUGGUAGUCUCAGAUGGACGAGGCCUUUUCCUUGAGGGCAAGGAAAGAGUCCUGGCAGCAGUUCAGGCUGCCCAGAAUGCUAACAUAUUUGUAAUUUUUGUCGUGUUGGACAAUCCCAAUUCACGGGAUUCUAUCUUGGACAUUAAAGUACCAAUAUUUAAAGGACCUGGAGAGAUGCCUGAAAUCCGGUCCUACAUGGAGGAAUUCCCGUUCCCAUUCUAUGUCAUCCUUCGAGAUGUGAACGCGCUUCCUGAGACACUCAGUGAUGCCCUCAGACAGUGGUUUGAGUUAGUGACAGCUUCUGACCACAUGUAGAACAGAAAGCGCAGUCUAAAGCAAUUUUACUUAAACUGUGGUCAGAAAAUGACACUUCAUGUCCCAGUGCUUCAUUUUGGACAAC